CAUCAGAGUGCGGUGCAGUCGUAUCUUCAACAUGGCGGGCGUGUUGUUCGAGGAUAUUUUCAACGUGAAGGACAUUGAUCCGGAAGGCAAGAAAUUUGACAGGGUGAGCAGACUCCAUUGUGAAUCGGAAUCAUUCAAAAUGGAUCUCAUCCUAGACAUCAACAGUUGGUUGUACCCAAUGGACCUGGGAGAUAAAUUCCGUCUUGUGCUGGCAACAACGUUACGCGAGGAUGGAUAUCCGGAUGGUAACGAGUGGAACCCUAUGGAACAGGAGGGCGGUUCCAGGGCGGAUAGCUUUGAGUACGUCAUGUCCGGCAAGGUGUACCGAAUAGAAGGCGACGAAGCCAAUAACGAGCCUAGCAGCAGAUUAUCAGCCUACGUAUCUUUCGGAGGUCUGUUGAUGAGGUUACAAGGCGAUGCGAAUAAUCUGCACGGCUUCGAGAUAGAUCAACACAUGUACUUGCUAAUGAAGAAACUUGCAUUUUGACGGUCUCCGGUUCAUAUAAUAAUUUAUCAUAAUCAUUUUAUAUUCUAACUUGACUUCAUUAAAUGAUUUAAGUCUAUCAUUUAUCAUAGAUCUCACUAUAGAAAAUUAAGAGAAAUAAAGAUAUUUUUCACGUUG